GACAAAAAAGUUUUCGAGUGUUAUUGUUUGGGAAUAAAAGGUGAUCCGAUUGCGAUGGCUUUGGGAGGAUCCACAUAUUUACAAAACGCUACAAUGUUGGAACAACUGCUGGAGGAAAUAAAUUUUCAGCGCACCAAAGAGAUGCGACAGUUAAUGAAAGACGAUUCCGGCUUCGUAGUGCUACAGGGGACGACGUACUGGACCGACCUGUUCGUGCGCCACUUUCUGUUCCAAGAGGAGCAGUCCAUAGACUGCGACGAUCUGCUGUUUUUUGUCCGCAAGCGACACGUCAAAGGGUCCUCCCGUUAUCUGCCUAAGUACGAAACUGACGUCGAGGUCUUCCGCAAGGAUUCCAAGAAGCUGCCAAUCGGCGAUCCCGAAAUCGAUUGGGAGGAGACCGUCUACCUGAACUUGAUCGUCCAUCAGUUCGACUACACGCUCACCUUAGCCAUCUGCACGCGCACCAGCCCAAAGGAGCUGCAGGUGCUGAAGCGGCAUUCGCAGAAGGUGUACGCGUCGCCGAGCCGCCGCAAGAUGGACACCAAGGGCGAGGGGGAGGAGAUGACGUACCCGCACAUAUGCUUCAUGGUCGACAACUUUGACGAGGUGUUCUGCGACAUAGUGGUGCGUGACGGCGAGAUGGUGUGCGUGGAGCUGGUGGCGCGCGGGCGCGGGUGCGCCGCGCAGGCGGUCAUCUUCCUCGGCUCCAUACGGUACGACGCGCUCACCCGGGUGUACGACGCUAGGCAAUCGUCGCUGUCGACAAAAGUGGCCCAGCGCAUGUCGUUCGGUCUGCUGGGCGCGCGCGGCGCGGGCGCCACUCGCUGUGAGUUCGUCAGGAUGAAGGGGCCGGGGGGCAAGGGACACGCUGAGGUGGCGGUGUCGCGGCCGCGCGGCUCGGGGCUGCACACGCCCAGCUCGGAGCCGGGGCUGACGGCCGCCGAGCUGUGGGACAGCGACUGGGAGGACGACCCCGACGACAUGUUCAUAUACCGCCACCAGCGGCGGCUGAGCGAUCCGAGCGCGAACAUAGCGUCGUUCGUGCGCGGCGGCUGGCGCGCGCGCGACCGCGCGAACAUAGCGUCGUUCGUGCGCGGCGGCUGGCGCGCGCGCGACCGCGAGCGCGAGCCGCGCGACAAGAGCCGCUCCGAGAACGAGGGGCUCGACGCGCUCUCCGACGGGCUCGCCGAGGUCGAGGCGGGCGACCUGCGCGACGAGCUGGACGACGGCGCGUACAACCCGCUGUGGGCGAUGCGCGGCUUCACGCAGACGUUCCACCUGUGGAAGGAGGGCAAGCGGCAGCAGAGCGCGCCGCUCUCCGCCUUCCUCACCUACGUCACGCUGCCCUGGUGGAGCAUCGCCAAAGAUAUUCUGGACCACCGCGAAGAACCGAUCCUGACUUUCUGAAAACGAAUCUCGUCGACCGGCGGUCUGUUUAUACGUAUGAAUAUUAUGUAGCUAUUUACAGUGAGAUUCUAGUCAUUCCAUAUUAUGUGAACAUUAAUCUAAAUACGAUUUUGGAACAAUUGUUCAAUUGUUUAACUCGCAAAUACUGACUUGCCGUGAAUUUUUUACAUUCAGUUCCCAUCCAGUGUGAGAGACUGCAUGCAAGAUAAAUGCUUAAAAUACGCGUGUUUCAUUUUGUUUUAUUCAUUAU